AUGGGGUCAGCUGAUGAGUCUUUUGACAUGACAGCCUCCAGUUUAAGUGGUAGCGGUGAAUGCGGUCGGACCGGCACUGAUAUCGAGCGACUUGCUUUGAGGAUCAGUCUAGCUGAUGUUGACGAGCAAUUCGAAAAAGUAAUACAGAAGUCCCUAGUUUUUAUAUUGCGGUAUUUGGCAAAAUAUGAGGACCACAGGAAAAAGCUUUUGGAGCUUCUUGGGGACGUAACACGACGUUUAAAACGGCGGCCUGCAAUUCAGCUUCCAGUGCAUGAGCUUUUUGUGGCCUACAAUGAUCCUGAAAACUCAACAUAUCUGACCAAUUUCUCCCAUAUGUAUAUUCGUUUGGGCUAUCCUCGCAUGCCUAUCACGGAACAGAUCUGUCUUCUUCCAGUGCUGUAUGCAUCACUAACAGCUAAUAAACCCAUCGUCCAGCGUGAUGUUCUCCUUCAUUUAACUCUCCCAAUCAUUGGUGGCGUUCCUGCCGAUACACGCAAUCGAUUAGAGUUGGAACUUCACGAGCUUCCUGCGCAACGACGGUUCAUAAACGAAUUUUACUCACUAGUCCUACUGCUCCCUUAUACCUUCGAGCGCCAUAUCCGUUUUGAUACGACCUCUGUAAUUAUCCCAGAAGGGUUCAAUGCGUACGAUUACAGUCGCGUUGCUCACGAACGCUUCUCUGCCAUUCAUUCUGCCGCAGAUCUUGAAAAGUAUAAAGUCUCCAUCGUGCAAUUUUACAGCCGUGGAUUUUUUCCGGCAGAUGAAAGUAUCGUUCCUCUUCUAUUCGCUGAUGCAGAUUCCCGUCAUUCAGUUGUUUCUGCGGCCAACAAAGAGGUCAGGACCUUGAGCGUCCUCGUUGAUUGGGAAGAUGAAGCUCUCUUAUCUAGAAUAUUCGACUGGUAUCUUGGCAGACGCCGUGAAUUUGAUCCAAAAGGUCGCUCGGAUCGUCGUCAAGCUCUGAGUCCAGGUGUUCGAAUAAAACUGGGUACCUUUCUUUUGCGGUCACGAAUCACCCUUACUGGUCCCCUUGCUCCCGAUCUUAUUGAAGCUGCGGUGCUCAGUUUGAAAGCAGUGACAGCUUAUAGCGAUACCGUUAAACAGUCUCUAUUCCCACAGCAACAGCAGUCACUGCAUUCCCUCCCCUGUCCCACACACGGUGCAAAUACUACGGACCAACAACAGCAACAACAACCGUCGUCAGCUGUAGUGAAUCCCGCAAUUGAAUCCAACCCAACUCCCUCCUCUGUUACUCCUGGAACAGCCAACUACCGACCGGGGAUUAAUUCUCAGCGCCGACUUGCUAAUCAUGGACUCGACAUGCUUUCUCAUUUGUUGGACAACGCAACAUCUAUCCCAACUGAUGCGUCUGUUAGGGCGCUCGGAGGUCUUAUCGAAUUCGUCUACGAGGGCACCACCGAUGAGCUUGUUCCUGCGAGAGCUCGAGGCUUUGAAUUGCUUUCCCGUUUCUUAGCUCGUGAGCCGAACUACCUCCUUAAGGAUCCCACCCAACUACCACGCCUUUUCGAUGACAUAGCUCCGGACUUGAAAGCGGCAGCCGCUAAUUGCCUCCGUCGUCUAGCCUUCACCUUCCAAGAGGCGCAACGGCAGAACUACCCCGCUUUGCGACACCAACUGGCCAAGCUUGAACGCCUCCUCUACGAGAAUAUGGAGCGGCCGGACCCUAUUAGUCGCCUAGUAGCCGUCCACUUCGCUGGUAUCAUCUACCCAGCUGACCACAUUCCAACUCGUUAUCUCAUUCUUCAAGCUCUCGGUGAUAAAGACCAGCGCGUUCGAAAUGAAGCCCGAGUGGUUUUUUCCAUUUUCCUCGAUCCUAACAUCGCCAACGACAUUGUGUAUGGACGCGUCAAACUGCCCUCAUUUGUUGAAUUCGUUAACCACGUUGUUCAAUUUAUUCGCCUCUGUUUGCUGGCAGUCAAGGGAGGCCUGACCUCGGCUCAGGAAAAGGAGAUGCUCUACGAGACUGAUGAUGAGAUUCGCUAUCGCAUAAACCAGAAUGUCCGCUACUUUCUCUCUGCUGCAGCCUCGAGCAAGUCAGACACUUCAUCUGUCGCCGGCAGUGAUGAUUCCAGUGGCAGCGUUUCCGCCUCUCACUCUGGCUUUACGACGAUCCCGAAUCCAGACCAAGCGCGGCGCAGCAUUGCGACGUAUUUUCGCCUCAUCCACGUGGUAAUCUUCGCGCGUUGUCAGACUUCUCGCGAUUCUCCAGAAUUCCCCAAUUUCUUGGAGGAGGUUUUGAUGAAUAAUACUCAAGACCUAAUUGCAGGUGGGAAAACAAUCUUCGAACAGAUGAAUAGCAUGUUGCUGGGAUCUGCCCGUGGGGCUAAUUGUCGUCACGCGUGUGCUUCAAUCUACUCAGUGGUCACCAUGGAGACAGAGAAGCCUUCGGAUGCGUUACAGGUAGCUGUGGGAAUGCUCGAGAAGAUUCCGAAGGACGGGCCCGUACUCGGAUCAGAGGAUUCCCACGUUGUCCAGGGCAUGAUGAUGGGUGCUGCCUACCUGCUCAAACACCUCCACGACAAGCACUUUUCGCAGCCGACAAAUAGCUGCUCCUCCACACUGGGCGCUGAGUCAGGCGGUGGCGGAAAGUCGAAGAAAUCGAGAAAGCUAGAGAACAAAAACAAAUCGCAACUUCAGACCGGCAUAACCACAGCCAUUGAACAAUUUCUAACUAUUCUCGACGUCUUUCUUGUUCGGCCUGUUUACCUUCUCGAUAAGCCAGUCGGACGGGGUAAAGAGAAGCAAAAUCAACAGGAAAAGGACUCGAAGCAUGGCCUCCGCUAUAUAAACGCUUCCGUCGCUCAAUCCACAGUAACCGCACUCCUUGAGGCCCUGGCGGUACUUGGACAGGCCGGUUGUUUAGCUUACCUGCCUUCAGGUUCCUCGGUACCCACCAUCGACUCGACUAAUACCUCCCCUCUUCCUCCCUGCGGCGCGAGUAAAGCCAAUCUCGUCGCCCGCGUUGCCCUCUACCUCACUCUUGCUCCAUCCAAUGGGACGAAUUCGGCAGCAACCGUGGCUGGCGAGCAGCAACUGCCGGUCAUGGCUGGCCAUCAACGUGUGUGGUUCGCCGCGUUAAGGACCCUAGCUGGUCUCUGUACAGGAGAGCCCCCAGUUAUAAAUUCACCGAAAGCAGGGAAGAAGGGAGGUGAAGAACACGCAUGUGGUAUAUCUGUACACCCCCAUCUGAUGUACAUAAUCAAAGCUAUGUCGAGUAUGGAAGAGGUACGGGAUCCGGCUCUUCAGUUAGCAAUCGGCGCUGCCAUGGCCGAUGCCCUGUUAGGCGCCGCCUCUCCAUACAAGGGUCUCUGGUACGAACGCACCUAUCCUCUCCGUGUACCUCCAGGCGCCUGUGAGGAGGCCUCGAAGUCCCCUGCUGGACGCUGGCUUGCCGAGCGUUUCGUCAGUCUGCUCACACACAAGCCCGGCCAAAUAAAGCCGCCACCCUCGAUGCUUGCCGUUGCUCUUUGGGCACUUGCUAUGGCCAGGCGAUUCGGACCUCCGCCUACUACUCUUCUGCCUCCGGAGCUGUUUAUAAAUUUGCUUACUGAAAAUGAUGAUUCCCUGCAGUGUGUUGCAGCAAGUGUUCUCGGACUGAUUUAUGAUCGAAGUGGUGAGGAGGCUCGUGCAGACCUGGUAAAGAACCUGACCAAAGUAAUCACGGACAUCAAACGCCCCAAUACUUCCGUCUUCCGAGAACUCUGUUCCUUGGUUCAGCAAAUUGGUCGUGCCGACCUAGCCCUUCCCCUAGUCGUUUUGGCGACCACUCCACUGCCACCAACUGUGAAUGCCUCCUUCCUCUUCCAGUCUGUCAAUGCUCUCGACCACACCUCUCAGUCUUCAUCAUCGUCUUCUCCAGCCACCCCUUCGACCCCCUGGUUGGCCCUCUGUGCGGUUGCUUGUGCGGGCCUUGUUCGACGUCUUGGUCGCUCAUUAGCUCCCGCAAUACCCCGACUCGUACCGCGAGUCUUUAUUCGACGUUACGAUAUGGCACGACCUCGUCUAAGAAACGCUGUUCAAAAGGUCUGGCUAGGUCUCAUCCUCUAUGCCACUCCAAAUUCUUGUUCGAAUAAUGUGGCGGCAGGAGCUAGCGCUGCUGCUUCCACGGCCACUAUCCCAUCAACUGAGGAGAGCGCUAAUGGAGUUCCACCCAUGAAUUUGUCAAUCAACGCCAUGGCUUCAGACUUGGUUGAGGCUCAUUUCAACGCUAUCAUUUGUGAGAUCAAGACCCAACUAGGCUUCAACGCACCCUCGGCCUCUACUUCCCCAACCACUUCCCCCCAAUCAUCGUCAUCGUUGAGUUCGACGACCCAACCUCCUCAUUCAGGCACCACGGAUCAAAAUCUCCGGGACGCCUGCUGCCUAGCCGUUGUCGCUCUGACCGAACACCCGUCUGCUUACAAGCAGUUCUCUGGUCACCUUCCUUCCCUUCUCUCAGGUUUAAUGGCUCUUGUCGAUGAAGAACAAGCCUCGAAUAGCGCUGAAGCCUCGCAAUCUGCCUCUCCCGCAGAAAAGGCCGCAACGGCUGUUCAAAAGUUAGUGAUUAGAGCCUUGGACGACCCAUCCUGUCGUGAAGUUGCCACAGGUCUUCUGCCUCGCCUUCUUCCUAUCCUGAUCAACCGCGCCUUGUCAACUGCUACCGCUUUCUCUGCGGGUGGGACAACUUCCCCGGCUGAGUCACGUUCCUUGGCAUUGGACCUCCUCCUCGCGGCAGCCCGGAUUGCCCACCCAUCUUCGCUGAGACCUGCUCUCCCUCAGUUGACCAUCGCUGGUCUCCAGACAAUGGCCUCACUCAGUCCUGCCCGUGUUGUUAAUGUUAUGCGGCCCUCCACUCUGGCCUCCGCACCUGCUCAUAAGUCAUCGUGGACUUCCAGUUCAAAAACUACGUCCAAGGAGGUACAAAUGGCUGAGGUUCUACGACUUUGCAUCCGCCUCAUUGAUGAGAAUUCUCUUUCACGUUUAAUCCUACCUUUGAUGGAGUUGAUUCGUGCCGGUGGUGGGACGGGGGCUUCUGCUGGUGGGGGAGGAAGCAGUGCCAGCGGUGGUUCUCGAGGCACCAGUGCGAACUCGGUGGCCGCGGUGGCAACCGCCACCUGCAUUUUCCUUUCGCAUCUCGCCCUUUCCUCAUCUACUCUUAUCAGUCAACCUUCUCCUCAAUUACACCCCAGUGAUGACGGAGCAGACCCUUCGAGGUCUUUUUCUCAGCAAACCACCACACGAAGCUCAGGUCGUGUCAUUUCCCUCCUUGCACAGCACACCGGCAAGCUGCUUGCUGCUCUGUUGGGGGCCCUGCCUGGAGCCGGACGACAAUUGGACAGUCUGGGAAGGAAGACAGUGCAAGAAGAGAUGGCCCAGGCCGUUGCUCUUUUGUUGCGCUUUGCAAAGGACACGAGUGUGGCGAAGGUUUUCAGCCGAGUCCGCUCGUGGUUCAUGGAGACCGGUGGCAAUGGCCAGUGUCUGGACAGCGCCUCGAGCAGCUGCAGCCAAUGGGCAUGUGUUCGUGUUAUGCACGCCAUUGCCCGCUGUUGUCCCGACCUCCUCUUUGCGCAUCCCGGUCUCACCCUGCCUCUCUCCGAGGCAGACGUGUUGCAAUUAGCUUCCAUUCCUUCGGGCACUGUAGGAGCGGAGCCUCCAAGUGCAUGUCUUACGAACUUCAAUCAGUCAUCUUCCGCCGUCUCUGGCUCAGUUGAUAACGAAGAUUUAGAUGCCCGUCGCGCACUGUGGCAGGAGACGUGGAAGGAAAUUCUUCCCGCUAGUCAUGUUGCCACCGCUACCUCUCGGUCCCACUUUUGUCUCGCGGGUGGUGUCACAGCUGCUGCUGUUUGCCCCCUUGCCGACCUCCUCAAGCCGCCUCUUCUAACUGCCUUCGUUUCCUCACUCUCUGAAGCUCUUCUCAGAUCACCUUCUUGGUUCGUGCGAAAUCAGGCCGCCCUUGCGCUUCUCUCGGUAUCUGCUGCGAUAGUCUCGCAGCCUAUGUUCAUGCUCACCACCGUGGCGUCUUCGCUGGCACGCGAUGUAGCCGGAUUCGCACAGAGCAACUCACCGAAUGACGUCGCCUCGUCGUCGAAUCGUGCCACGUCGGCGGCGCCACCUUUGCCUUCCGAGUGUCUUGAUCAAGGAGAUGAAGACGAGGAGUGUGAUGAAGAUGAUGCUGAGGGGGAAGAGGAAGACGACGACGACGACGACGAUGAAGACGACGAGGAGGAGGAGGAAGAAGAAACUGUAUUUUUGAUUUGGAAUGAGCUGGUUCGUGUGCUUGCGUCUGCACUGAAAGAAACCGGUGCAUGGGCCGGCAAAGUUUAUCUCCUACGUGCUGCUCGAAUGCUGUCUCAGGCUGCCCUUGAGCGCGAGUUUGCAUUAGAAGAUCCAAGUAAUGAACUUAUCAGUGAGAUCUGGGCCGUUUUAAUACGCGAAACGCGUUCCGGCCGAGCUGAAUUCGCUGGCCCUGGCUACCAGGCGGAGGCAUUUUUGGCGCUCUCCAACUUCGCUGAAGCCUGUAGUCGCGAUGCCUCGGGCCUGACCGACAUGGACGGUAAGGACGAUCGUCUCACACGCCUGUUGCGUCUAAUCCUUCCCAAUGGCAUCCCAGACGCCGGAGAACACCAAUCCUCUUCCAAGAAGGGCAGGCAGACUCAAUUCCAGAUAUCUUCUGAGUUAACAGAAACUGAACUCGAAUUGGCUAUUAGAGCUUUGGGCAUAAUGUGGCCUCUCCAGCCUCGACAAGCCCAUCUUGAUCGCUUUGUUGAUACCCUGCGCCACAUGAACUUUUUACUGACACAAGGUGGCUGGCGUAUUCAGGCGGCUGCUCUCGCCAGUAUACUCGCGAUGUUCGCAAAAUUAACAAACGAACAAAGUGAGCAACUAGUGAAGAAGGCCUCGGAGGGCAAAGGGAAAGUGGUCGAACAGUUGGGUCUGAAGGACCUCGUGACUCGUCUCAAGCGCUGCGUCGAAAACACAAAAUCACAGGUUUUACGUGAGCACGCUCUUGGCACGAUCGCCAGCAUCAUACGACAUCGAGGCUGCCUUACCUUCAACUACAUCCACUCGACGUUGAUCAUGUUACACAUUUCAGAGAGUGCCGUUUAG